UUUAUGCACAAGUAUGGGUCGAAUCCUGGUCGAUGAAGGAAAGUUACGACGGUACCCUAAGCCGGUAAGGCCGAUGUAUCAACGUAGUCUUUGUCGAUGCUAGGUAUUCUUCGAUGUCAGAGUCGCAGCUUAUUGUAGAAAAGCACACGAAAGAAUCUUCCUUCCCUGGUGAGGAUUAAUGCUGGCAUUUAAUUGAAAAUGUCUCGAUUCACAGGCGACACAUGGACGCCUGCAAUAAAUGUAAUAUGCUGGUUCUUUCUGGUUGUCGCAAUACUUGGGAUUUUGACGAGGCUGGGGACAAAGGCUUGGAUAUAUCGUAAAUUUACGAGAGACGAUUAUGUGAUUAUUCUUUCCAUUAUAUUCGAUAUUGGCCAAGCGAUAGCAACAUCUAUGGCCACCGCAAACGGCUAUGGUGAACACAUUAUAACUUUGAGCGACGAGCAAAAAACAGACAUCAUGAAAAGUCAGUACGCCGCCGAGAUCCUCAGCAUUGUUAGUCUUGCGUGCUCGAAAAUAUCGUAUGUCAUGUUUGUCAGAGGCAUCACAGCGGUUCCGAUUGAUCGCAAGGUGGCAUUGGCUUUCAUCGUCUUUCUGUCUGUCUGGGGUCUUGUAUCUGUGAUCACAGUCGCCUUCCAAUGCCAACCCCUGCCAACAUGGGAUUAUUUGACAGGGAAAUGUUACGAUCGGCAAUCGUGGCAGAAUUUUUUUGGCAUAUCCAAUAUCGUCACCGAAGUAGCCAUCCUGUCACAAACUAUAGUAAUAAUUGCCCGGAUUCAGACAAGCAUUGAGCGAAAAUUGAAGAUCGGAUUUGUUUUUGGUCUUCGAGUGGCCGUUGUCGCUGCCACCAUCGCCCACAUUGUGGUAUUAAACAACACUUUCCACGAUGAAGACAUAACCUAUGCAAACUGGUCCGUCUCGGUCACGAACCAGAUCAUUCUGUGCUCAAGCAUCAUCACUGCAUGCUCUGCGCAAUUCAAACCAUUUCUAGACAGCCUCCGAUCGAGUGGUAUGCGUCUAGAUGCGUUCACUGGCAGUUACCACUACAAAUCGCAACGGUCUUACGAAUACAAUUCUCAGAACAAUCGACAAGCAAAUUACGGCUCCCAAAUAGCAUCCAAACAACGCUCAAUCAACUUGCGUAGUCUCACCGGACGGGGUGCCAAUCCCACGGAUAAGCCAGGGGCUACCGAAUCCUACGUUUUGGCAUCCAAGCCCUCACCAGAUUGGGACGCAUCGAGUGCUACAAGUCAGUCACGCAUAAUUCGCGAAGUUAGAACAUUCGCCGUGACCGAAGAGCGCCGUCGCUCCUCUGAUGGUGAAGAAAUAUUGUAGAUAUUCAUUUCUUAGAAAUAUGGUUGGUGUGACUGAAGUUAUGGUACUAUUCCAGUGGAUGGCGAAAGAAACGUGAUACGGUAGAUUUAUUUUGACUUUAGAUUAAUCAUGAACAACUCGCUUAUGAUCACGCUACAUUUGAGUGCACAAAUUUGUCCGAUUCUUCUAGCUAAUCGACUUGCUGAGGAAUCUGGGAUUCGUG